AAAUAUUCCGGAUCCUAAGCACUGCUUUAACCUUUUUUUUUUUAAGUGACUGUGCCGGGGAAAUGGUGGAUGAUCUAGAAAGAAUUUAUCAGGAAAUGUCGAGCAAAAUGAGUUUUCUUGCAGAAUCAGCAAGCGCAAAAUCAAAUGCGUUUGUUCGGGGUUCCAAGGACAUAGUUCAUAGAACGGCUCAAGGUGGUGCAUCGAUUAUGACUGGGGCGGCCCGGAAGUCAGGAGACAUGGCUAAAUCAGCUGUCGCGGCCGCCGAAAAGACGGCAAAAUCGGCCGCCGAGGUUCCUGGAAUAAUGCUGGAUAAAGUUAAACAUUGGAAAGUGCACUCCUUUGAGAAACUACCGGGCUGGAUGCGAGACAAUGAAUUUCUAACUUUUGGUCACAGGCCAGAGCUGAAUUCAUUCCGUGAGUGCUUCAAGUCCGUAUUCCGUAUUCAUACUGAGACCGGUAACAUCUGGACUCAUUUCAUCGGAUUUAUUGCGUUUAUAACUGUAACUAUUCUGUUCUAUUUGAAACCUUUGUGUGAGUUCUGCAAUGAUGAUAUAGAGUUACGAGAGAAGUUAAUCUUCUUGUUCUUCUUUAUCUCUGCAAUCCUCUGCCUGGGACUCAGCUCUCUCUUCCAUACUGUCUGCUGUCAUUCAGAGUGGGUUAACAAUAUAUUCAGUAAAUUGGAUUAUGCUGGUAUAGCGCUGCUCACUGUAGGUUCAUUUAUACCCUGGAUAUACUAUGGGUUCUAUUGUCAGUUCACUGCUAAAGUUGUUUACUUGACUGUAAUAUCUGUUCUUGGGAUCGGAGCUAUUACAGUUACUAUGAUGGAUAGGUUUAAUACUAGCGACUACAGGCCCCUACGAGCUGUACUGUUUGUAUGCCUGGGUGGGUUUGGAUUGGUUCCAACUGUUCAUUUAUUUAUACAGAACGGGUGGAGUGGUGCUCUGGUGAGCGGUGGUAUUCCUUGGCUCCUGCUCAUGGCUUUCCUAUAUAUAACUGGUGCUCUGCUCUAUGGUGCUAGAAUUCCAGAACGUUUUCUACCGGGCAAAUUUGAUUUAUGGUUCCAGAGUCAUCAAAUAUUUCAUGUUUUGGUGAUAGCCGCGGCAUUCGUGCAUUAUCGUGGUAUGACCAACAUGGCGGUCCACCGGCUAACCAAGGCAGGAGAAUGUGAGAAUGAGAUUACCGAUUAUUCUAUUUAUAAUCUUGUUCUAGAAUAAUCUAGAAAUAGACUUGAACCAAAGUGCUUUGUAUUCCUCGUGAUAGUUGUCUGAAGAAGUAUUUAAUACAUAAUAGUUUUCCUGUUCUAUGCAAUAUAUGCAAUUAAAUAAAACUUUUAAUAUAUUUUAGGUAAAUAUAGUUGUCUUUCUCAA